GUGGCCUUGAGGCAUCAUGCAUCAUGCAUCGUGCAUCAACGAGGGACCGGAAGGAACCAAGUCCAAUCGUCCUCCUAUUCGGUCUUCCUAAGAGAGUCUGUCUUACUACCUAGUAAAUAACCAUCAGCAUGGCCAGCUCUCUUCACGCCUCAACGGUUCCCUAUCCUCUGCACAUCUCUGGUUUAUCUGUCGAUUUCAGCAAGUCAGCAAAGAAUGUAGAGUCGGCUCAAGUACGAAUCGGCAAGUCGCACGCACCAGUUGAACGUGCAACAGGAAAGACUUUGCAGCUCAUAUUUUAUCCACCCAUGAAGCUUUCUAUUGAGGAUUCGUUUUCCCUCCAUGUACGGCACAGCACAUGGUUUCGAAUGAAGACUGUUGGCAUUCAGUUCGAUACCGAAGAUAUCUUCCGCGUGUUUGGUGCAAGUGGAGAACUUGAGACACGAGAAUACACGAAGGUUCACAAGAAUUUCACGGUCAUCGUUGAGCUUUCUAGGAAUACGGCAACCGAAGUACUAGCUGGUUCUUCUUCUGGCGGAAGCCAGGAGCUUCAGCCUACAACCGACGAGAUCAUCCGAAUUUGUCCUCGGUUCCGAAUUUUGGUGAUAGGAAAUACCGGCGUCGGAAAGACUUCACUGAUCAACCACGCAUUCGGAGUGGAAAAUGCGACCGCUUCACACAAUAAGCCAGGCGAGGCCACCAUAGACAACGAGUUCAUCUCACCACAGAACAAUAGAUUUGUUCUCCACGAUAGCAAAGGGUUUGAACCAGGGGGAGAGGACAACUUCAAAACAGUCCAGGAUUUCAUUGACCGUCGGGGGAAAAUGCCUGAUUUGAAAAAUCAGCUGCACGCCGUUUGGCUUUGCUUUGAAAUACCCCGUGCAGGCGGGCGUUUACUGGAGACCGGCACAGAAGCAUUUCUCACAUUGAAGCGUGAUGGCAAACUGGGAAAAAUCCCCAUUGUCGUCGUUCUCACUAAGUACGAUAUGCUCCUCGACCGCGUGGAUCGUACUCUACAUCACUCCUCUAUCGGACGAUUAAGCGAAGAUGAUGUCAACAAACUCAUCAAGACCACAGCAGAUGCUGAGCUACAAGAUGUCUGCAUCGGACCCCUGAAGAAAUUCGCAGGUCCUGAUAUACCGCACGCUACCAUCUCUACUGAAGACUGCCAUAAAGAAACACUUGCGUGUCUGAUUCGGAUGACAGAAAACUGCGUUCGUCAGCAUGUUGCAACCGAGGCAUCGGUGAUGACCUCCAUGGCUCAGCGAGUGGAUCCUGGACUCAACAUCCAGGCGUCGAUUGAGGUUGGAAAGAAAAAAUACUGGAAGGCGCUCGCAUCAAGCACAAUAUUCAAAGACCAUUCGAUGUGGGACUGUCUGCGUGUGCUUCAUACCGACAUUGUUGCUGUGUGGAACUUCAAUGACCCUCGCGGUUACUUGUAUAGCCCAGAAUUCAGGACGUUGAUGGCGAACAUGGUCAAUGAGCUAGACGUUGGACCCACUGCUGAUCCAACCAGGAACAUUGCAUUCGGGCUCUCCAUUGUGGGUACUAUUUCCGGCAUCUUGUCUGCCCUGGCCGGACCUGCGGCUCCCAUCGUGGUGCCGAUAGUGGCAAGCAUUGUGAUCGCGAACUGGGUUUACGAGGCGUAUCAACGGUCCUGCGCGGCGCUCCAGCGCUUUAUGAAGUACAUCAUCGACUUGACUCUUGUGUUGCAGACGUUAUAUCUUGUGUCGGAAAACCAGGAAUUGACUCGUAGGACUAUCAAGCUCGCGAUCAAGUCCUACCACGAGUCGCCUACGAGCAGAGCAGUGCAUGCUCGGAUUCAGGAGUAUGAUAGGCAGUCGACCUUCCUGGAACGCGCAGACCGUGGUUCAUUGGAUCGAUUCGUUCAGCUAAUCCAAUCAUAUAGCAUCAGUAGAGAAGAAAUGUCUGGUCUUCGAGUAGAUAUUCCGGUUGUGGGUUCAUUACCGGAUGAGCCAUGGGAAGACGAGAAGACGUAGGGCUUGAUUUUUCUUCUUUUGUGAUGGGUUUGCGCGCCGGCGGACAUUGUCCGAGUACUUCUGCCAGGACUACUUACGAGUACAUUA